AACCUUUAGUCGGCGCGCAACGAUGGCAAGCAAGCAGGCUCUGUUGCUGCAUUUCAUUACCAACUUUGUGGCCAAGAAGACCUCGCCUUUAACGCACGACUUUGCCGCAGAAACCGAAAAAAAGCUUACCCCUACACUGCAAAGAAUACUUUUUAAAUGGCCCCGCAGUUCGUUCGCCGGCAUGGCCAACGAUUGUUUUUUGCCUUUACCGCGCGGCACCUGGUAGUGAUGGUGGUGAUUACUUUGAGUGAAGUUGUUUCCGCACGCAACGAUAACGUCACCGAUAGCAUACUGUACGAUGGCCGGUCGAAGUGGAACGAUUAUCGGUAUCUGGAGGGCCUACCGCUGGAACAGUUGCUUCUGCUGCAACGGAGAGUCGGUGAGCUGCGGAACAGCUUCCUUUUCAACGCCACCGAUGAUGAGCCGGAGGCAGAAACGCGGGAAAUGCCUCAGGGUGAGAGCGGUGGCCAAAACGAACGUGGUUCGCAUAUGUUCGCAGCGCCACUCAAGAUGCAAAACACUGUGGAUAGGAGGUCCUCCGUUGAGCCGUGGAACUCGAAACCGUCCAAGGUUCAAACAAUAUUUCAAAUCAGCAUCACGGGCCUAGCAUUUUUGGCAUUUGCCGGAUACCUGCUGUGUAUGAUCGUACAGGCGAUCAAGAGCAAAGGAACGACCUACUACCAUCCUACGAUCACUGGUUCGGCGACGCUAGCAUCGGUGCUGAAAAAGCGUAAACCAUUCAUGCGCCGCAAGCGUGAUCUGACCUACAUCACACCGCUGGAUGCGUAUGAUGCUGAGCAAUUGCACCAGAUGCUCAUUGCAUUUGCUGAGGGGUAUGCGAACGGUCCCGGAAGCUGAUUUAUUCGCAACCUAACUAGAAUGAGGAUGCGCUCGAGGAUGGUGGCACCGCAACAACUCACCUGGUAU